AUGGGCUGCUCCAGCAGCGCCCGCAGCCGCCCCCAGGAGCCGCCGCAGCUGCCGGGUGAGACGGGAGAACAGGUGGAAACUGAGCUGCUCAGUGAGACAGUAAGUGAAGGGCCUGAAACAAAAGAAGAAGAAACAGGAGAAGCUGUGGAUAGCGCAGCAGCGACAGAGAUAGUCUCAGACUGUCCCUCACUGUGGAGAGCAGCGGUGUAUUCACUCUCCUGCCACCGAAAUCACAAGGAGGGCUAUGAUGGACUUUACCGGCCAAUGCUCAACUCAGCACGCCACAAGAACACCGCAGCUGCCACCUAG